AUAGUGAAUUCACCCAUUGUCGCAAUUAAGCCUAAUCAGCAUUCGAAUAGCGUCACAGACGAAAAGCAAUUUGAACUUUGGAAACAUCAGCGAUUCGGGGUAUUUUCACUAAAAAUUUUGUAUUGCUGCGACAGCUUCUCGUCUUCCUCUUAGAUUAGUAUAAAUUCGGCUCUUGAAUUGAACAUGACCGCUCAGAGUUUAGUUGUUGCCUUGGCGGCGAUGCUUGCGAUUGCACAUGGUCUAAGCAUAACGGUGCCCGGCACGAAAUGGUGUGGUCCCGGCAAUAUAGCUGAGAGCUAUGAUGAUCUGGGCACUGAUGUGGAGCUGGACAUGUGCUGUCGGGCGCAUGAUAAUUGCCACGAAAAGAUCUCACCUAGCACUGAGCUCCACGGUCUGACCAACAAUGACUUAUUCCCCAUCUUCUCCUGCGCCUGUGAAUCGAAGUUUCGACAGUGCCUGAGCUCGCUGCACAACGUGGAGUCGGCUGCCUUGGGUCGCAUAUACUUCAGCACAAGAAAUCAGUGCUUUGCCUAUGGGCCGCCAAUCGCAUCCUGUGAGGAGCAGCAGUGGGAUCUAUUCAUGAAGCGUUGUCUAAGCUACAAAGUGGACGAAUCUCAACCUUACCGCUGGCAGUUCUAUGAUUUGGCCUUCUACACGCAUCCCAGCGCCGAGGAGAAUUAAGCAGUUCUAUUGAAUUCAGGCGCAAUUUUGCGAUAAGCUUUUCGGUUUAUAUAAAGUGUAUUUCGAU